UGUGCGCUGUUAUCAUGUGUAAAAGGACUUGCUGCAAGGAAGAUAUCACGUGUUAUAGUAUAAGAAAAUAAAAAUGAUACGUGCUUAUACUGGUCAAAACAAUAAAUGACAAACUAGAAACAAAAAUAACAAGCUGUCAUGUAGGCGUUUCCCAUAAAACCGACAACUAAGUUUGCAUUACCCAUCGUGUUUGUACAUUGAUUCGAAAGCUUUUGUCAUUGCUUCACUGCGGAUCAUUGGGGAUACUUAUACUACGAAGAGCAGUGGCCAGAUUUUGAGGCUUGAUUGUUGCGAAACAUUUGGUUAGUUUUGAAUAUUCAACAAUACGGACUAGUUCCCUUUCGAAUACGAAUACUUAGCGAGUAAUAUUCGAUUCGUAUUCGAAGCUCGGAAUAUUCGUCCACCCCUACUUAAUAGUUCAAGCCGAUAAGGAGAAAGAAAGCGCCAUAAAAAACAAAAGAAAUGAGACCGCGUGAACGUCGGAAGCCACAAGUAUACGAAGAUCAGGCACAUCCAUGCAUUAUUCACAUUCAACAAAACCGAAUAGUUCACUUUCGAAUACGAAUAUUUAGCGAGUAAUAUUCGAUUCGGGUAUUCGAAGCUCGGAAUAUUCACCCACCCCUACUUAAAAGUUCAGGCUGAUAAGGAGAAAGAAAGCGCCAUAAAGGAAAAAAAAAAAAAAAAAACGACACCGCGUGAACGUCGGAAGCCACAAGUAUACGAAGAUCAGACAAAUCCAUGCAUUACGCAGCGCCAAAGUUUCCUGCGGUAGUUUUUUCGUGGGGAAUCUCAGUUGUUCGACCUCGUGUACGUUUUCCGUGCUCCCACGUGUCGAGCGUGACACCGCACGUGCCCGUUAUUCUCGUAGCGUCGAUAGCGGGACGCCAGCUGCCGCGACGGGCAGUUAGCGCUGACGUCGCUUUGUCCAGUGCCCUUUCCCCUCCCCCCGCUCCUUGGCGUCCCUCUUUCCCGAGCGCUGGUCGGUGUCUGCGCGCGCCAGUGUCAGAGCCUCGGAUGCGUUCGGCCGUGGCCACCCCGAAGUGGUCGGGUCGAAGUCGACGGGUGUCCUAUAGUGACGCAGCCGCCACCUUUGUCACGCAGCACCGUUUCUGUUAUUUUGGCGACGCUUUCCAGCCGAGCGGCGGGCAUGGCUUCGUGGCAGCUCGCGCUGGACGCUUCCGCACUGUCCGACUGAGUAUCGUCGCCAAAAUAUAAAUUCGGCAGCGGGCCGACCAGCACUUGUUCCAGCAGCCACGUCAACAGCCCAGCGCGGCGCGGCCCACGAGGAAAACAGAGGCGGAUGAAACGUUGACGCGGCGUGGCCCGCGACUGGCGACUGCUACGACAACGACGUGCGGUGUGCUCGAGCAGGCGGCCGCCAUGAGGUUGCGGCGCGCGCUGCCGUCGCGCGUACCGCCCUGGCGCGUCUGGUGACGCCCCACAGCCGCCCGAGGCGGCCACGCCCCGAACGCCAACGGCGCACCAACACCGGAGACGUCCGGACGCCCGGCGCCAUCUUGUCCGCCGCUUCAUCCCCGACCUGCUGCUGCUGCCGCCUGUCGUACGUCGUCGCCUCGUGGCUGCUGAGGCUGUCGCUGCUGGCGUGCGCACUCCCCGCGGCGGCGGCCUACGACAACGUUUGCGUGGCUGUUAGCGAGGCUCCGUGCAGAUCGAAUCCCAUCCUGGACGAAGUAGUGCCGCCCAACUACCAUGGUUCCGAGGCACCUACAUCCGCAACAGGCGGCCCAGUACAAAUUUAUGUGUCCUUCCAGGUCAUGGAUAUCGACGAUAUCAGCGAAGAGAACAUGGCGUUCCGUAUACAUAUGUUCGUGGUCGACCUUUGGCGCGACGACAGACUGAACCUGAGUCGCUUCCUGGACGACAUCGCGUCGUCGGCGGGGGGCGCCUCCUCUGCGAACAGCACCGGAAUUCCAAAGCGACACGCAUCCCGAGUGCUCCCCGACGAAGUGCGCGCCGCCCUGUGGAAGCCGGACCUCAUAUUCGUCAACUCCAAGAACGGUUACCUGUUCGAACACUCGGUGCCCAACACGUUCGUCAAGGUUCUGGACACGGGACACCUGUACCGGUCCUCCAGGUAUCUCUUUCAAGUGGAUUGCUUGAUGGAACUUCAAAAGUACCCAAUGGACACGCAGAACUGCUUCCUCAAAGUCGGACUCAUGUCCACGCCAGAAGACACGGCGACCCUGCACUGGAUGGAUGAUCUGGGCAGUCCGCAACGCAACUUCUCGGCUGCCAUCCGCCUCCUGGAGGACAUUAAGCCUCUGCAGUUCGACCUCAAGGUUCCCGUGGCACACACGGCCACUGAAGCGUGGAUGUUCGAGAACUACACAUACCUGUACGCCAACUUCACGUUCGUGCGCCGCCUGACGGCGUCCAUCGUCAACACGUACAUCCCGAGCGGGCUCGUGGUGAGCCUGUCGUGGCUGACCUUCUGGCUGGACGUGUCGGCCGUGCCGGCCAGGAUCACGCUGGGCGUCACCUCCAUCCUGACGCUGGCCACGCAGGUGGUGCAGUCGCGUAGCUCGCUGCCGCCCGUCGACUACCUGAAGGCCGUCGACGUGUGGCUCUUCGUGUGCCUCGUCAUGGUGUUCGCCUCGCUGCUCGAGUACGCCGUCGCCUACAACUUCGAGAAGAUCCUGGCACUGGAGCGGAAACGGAAGACGGAGUCACUUCCGGCCGCCAUCCGAGUGGCGCCCUCUGCACGCAUCACGCCGCAGGCGUGGCAAAGCAGCGGCGUGGCUUCGGCGGCCCCGCCUCCCCCCUCGCGGCCUCCGUCCUCCAGCACGCACGCGGACAGCGCAACGGCCUCUGGAAGUGGUGCGCCACCCGAGGGCGCAGCGGCCAACAACCACAACCACGCCCUUGUCACGCCGUCCGUGGUGACACUCAGCGUGCCCAACUCGGUGCACAGGCCCGAGACCAACAACGUGGCCCCAGCAAGGCCCAUCAAGACCGGUCGGCGACGCAUCUUCCAGCGCAGCUUCACACUGAGCCAACUAUGGCAGAAGACCAACUUUCUGGACAAGGUGUCCCGCAUCGCCUUUCCCGCCGUAUUCUUCUUGUUCAUGCUGAUCUACUGGUCCUACUACCUCUGGUGAAUCUCGUCGCCCACAAGUGCGUGCCGUAUGUGUUCGGGGUGAACUGAGUUUGUAAGCGCUGGUCUCUACGGCGUGUCGUUGAUGACGCCUUCGUUGUACUCGCUGCUGGUGUGUUUUGAAGCAAGCAAAGAAGUUGUGAACUUGUGUGUGAAUAAACGCUGCUGGUUGUUGUU